AUGGCAGCGACGCUGAGCUUCUACGGCGGCGGCUCUGCCCGGUUCCGGAACCCUAAAAAUAAGAGGUUUUGCUGUUGUGGCUGCAAAAGAGUUUAUAUAUGGCAUGGGCUGCGCGUUUUGGGCCGGUCACUUUUUUUUUUUUGGGGGGGGGGGGGGGGUUUACAGGCAAGUCAAUCGAAGAGGAUCAAAUACAAAGAGGAAUUUAUAUUGAACUCUCGAGGAUCGGAGCUCUUCACCUGCAGUUGGCUGCCAGCCAAUGGAGAAACCAAGGCCUUGGUCUUUCUCUGCCACGGUUACGCCUUGGAGUCCAGCACCAUCAUGUUCGGCACAGGAUCUCGGCUCGCAAAGGCAGGAUACGCGGCCUACGGCAUCGACUACGAAGGCCACGGCAAAUCAGCAGGCCUCAACGGAUACAUCCCUUGUUUCGAUCACAUCGUCGACGACUGCUCCGAUCACUUCACCGAGAUUUCCGAGAGGAAAGAGAACAGAGGAAAGCAGAGGUUUCUGUUGGGGGAGUCCAUGGGAGGAGCAGUUAUUAUUCUAUUGGACAGAAAGAAGCCAGGCUAUUGGGACGGUGCCGUUAUGGUAGCUCCUAUGUGUAAGAUUGCAGAUGAGAUACAUCCAAAUCCACUAAUUAUAAACAUUUUGAUGAAACUUUCUAAGAUAUUUCCCACCUGGAAGCUCAUGCCUAUCAAAAACAUCAUCAAUAUUGCAUUCAGAGAACCUGAAAAACGAGAAGCGAUUCGAAAUAAUCCGUAUUGUUAUAAAGGAAGGAUCCGAUUGCAUACUGCCAAACUUCUUUUGCGAGUUAGCUUCGAUAUUCAGCAACGACUUUCCGAGGUGUCGUUGCCAUUUUUGGUGCUGCACGGAAGGCAGGACAAGGUGACGGACAUAUCGGCGAGCGAGGAGCUGUACGAGUCGGCGUUCAGCUGGGACAAGAACUUCAAGGUGUACCCCGGCAUGUGGCACUCCCUCACCUACGGCGAGUCCCUCGACAACAUCGACAUCGUCUUCGCCGACAUCCUCGAGUGGCUCGACGAACGCUCUCUCUCCCCCGCCUCCUCCCCCCUUGAGCAACAGCGCAAAAACCUCUACGACGACCACCACUCCUACAUCAAGCAAUGACCCGAGCACAGAAUUUGAUUCAUCUUCAUCUCUCGCUUCCCCUCCUGCUCCUCUUUCUUUUUAAAAUUCUAAAUCUAAAUGGUUGGUUUGUGAAAAUCGAACAAAUAGAGAAUCGAAGGUGGAUCAAUUGGUACUCCCUGUUCCCAUUUGCAACGGCUAUUUUCGAAGAAUCAUUUCUGUAAAAAAAGAAAAAUUGUUGUUGUUUGGACUUUUUGAAUUCUUUCAACCCUCUCGGUUUGUUUAUGUAAGGCUUUGUGUGGAGUGUUUAAAAUGGAAGAAAGUGAAAGAAAAAAUUGUUAGCACCUGGAUAAUGUAAUAAUUGGAAAGAAAGAAAA